AUGGCAACCUCUCCGCCCUUGACAGCCCGGGACCACUCUCCCCUAGCUGUUCUUCUUGAUCCCAAACAGGACAUUCCCCAAGCAGAACUGGACAUACGACUGGACGAUUACCUCAACGACAAGAUCCAGACAGCUGCCGACUUUGGAGGUCUUGCAAAUUUGCUAGCCAACGUUGAUAUACAAAAGAAGCAGCUAGAAAAUCAACUUCUAGAUGCUAGAUCCAAGCUCGACGAGGCAAAGAAGGCCUCCGCGAACCAUACCUCCUUAAUGUUGGCACAAACCAAAGAAUUCGAGCGGCAGCAAGACAGCGUACAAAACCGGCUCAUGAUAGUAACACAAUCGGACACCCCAGAGGAAGCCACCCAACGGUUGAAGGGCCCUAUGGAAAAGCUUCGACGGGUAGAGUUGGCCAGAUCAUAUGUGGAACUGCUCAAGGACGUUGAUAAUUUAACAAAAGAAGCGCGACGCAAUCUCCCCGCAAAUCCCAAGGAAGCCCUCAAGCCAUACAUACAGCUAAAAGAGCUCGCUAUAUCGUUAGCACAACUCCAGGAACCCGCAGAAGGAGCUGCCGUUCACCUAGUCAACCAUGUGCAGAACACUUCUACGCGCUUAUGGGUAGAAAUGAAAAAGAUAAUGGCUGAUGAAUUUGAGUCAAUUCUGAAGAAGUCGAAGUGGCCAGAUGUUGCCAAUGACCCGUCAAGGGAAUGGACCGAUUGCUUCGAGAAGCUCCUGGAUCUACAGGCACCAGAGAUUGUUGCUGCUCAAGAACCCCUCGUACUUCUUCCUAUGAGUGUUCUUGUCAAGACUUUUGUACUUCAAUUUAAAUACCACUUCUUCAGCGACAAGCCUACGAAUCAUCCCCAUAGGCUGGGUGAUUAUUUCUUCGAAUGGUUUCUCGGAACCGUAGCAAAAUGGGAAGACUUUAUGAGAGAAAACGUGGGUCCUGUUUUGGCUGCCCAUUUUAGAGGCAAUAUACUAGCAGGUAACGCCUUAUAUGUGGACCCAGUGUCAGCGUUCAUCACAGCAUUGUUACCGAUCAUGAAGGAGAAGGUCGAUUCAGUUGUUGCUGGGGUGUCCAAUGAACCUCAAUACCUAAGUCGCUUUAUAGGUCAAUUGAUGACGUUUGAUGAAGCUCUCAGAGCAAGAUUCGGUUAUGACGGCGGCAAUCUCGAGUGUGGAUGGAAAGGGUUGACCUGGGGAGUCCUAGAUACUUGGUUCGAUCGAUGGUCUCUGGUGGAGAAAGAUUUUGCUCUUGAGAGAUACCGAGAGAUCAUUAAGUCAUCGGACAGCGGCCAGAUUGACUACGAUAGCACAGGGCCCGGAAAAACCAAGACUACCUAUGGCGCUACGAAAGUCACAGAUCUUAUCAAUUCUGUGACUACCCAAUACAACAAAUUGCGGAGAUUCUCGCACAAGAUACGGUUCUUAAUUAGUAUCCAAGCUGAGAUUCUCGAUCAAUAUGUUGGACGUCUUAAUGACUCGUUGGAGGUAUACCUGUCCACAACGACAACCGUUGGCCGCACCUUGCAUGCCAUUUCCAAGGAAGAACAAGCAAAACUUGAGGGCAUCGGUGGUUUGGAGAGCCUAUGCAAAGUCUAUGGCAGCGCGGACCAUGUCAUUUCUAUGCUCAAAGAGUGGGCUAACGAAGAGUUCUUCAUUGACCUUUGGGACGAAUUGCAGAGCAGGGCAAAACGUGCCUCCGCCUCCCAGGAUAAUCUUGCUGGCUCAAUGAGUUAUACCGAGGUCAAGGACUGCACAUCUGUGGCUGUUGGGUCCCAGGAUGAAGGCUCUGUAUUUGAUGUGACGAUUGAGAAUUACGAGCGGCUACGAAACAAGGCCGAGAAACUUCUUACACAGGCCAUCUCGCAUGCCUUCCCAUCAAUUUUUAAGCUGUAUCUCAGCAAACCCCAGUGGACAACCAUUGGUGAUGAGCCUACCGCUGAUUCAUCCUUACUUAUGGUAACACCUGAGCUGGAUCAUCCUCUACAGAUACUAAGACAAAACAUGACACUCCUCAACAAAACCCUCGGCACUCCUCCCUUCCGCCGAAUCUGGCGCUCCUCAUUCGACAGCCUUCAAGACCUUCUCUACCACGAAGUCCUCCUCAAACAAGACUUCACCACCCUAGGGGCCGCACGGUUCGUGCAAGACCUUAUCGCUAUCCAAAGCGUUGUAGAUUCAAUUAUUCGUCUCCCCUCAGGAACAUCUUUGGGAAUGCCGAAAUUGAGAGAGGCUGCUACGUUGCUAAGUUUACCUCUAGAGGCAGAGGAGGGGAAUCUGUCGUUGAAGGAGGCGUCUGAAGAGAUCUUUGCUACGAAUCCACAGGCGGAGGCGGCACUAAAUAAAUUAGGGCUAGAGAGGCUUACGAAUUAUGAGGCGCGGCAAGUUUUGCAGAAGAGGGUUGAGGGGAGUUCCUAA